AUUUUGUUGUCCUAAGAGUAUCAGAUUUAUCAGGGUAAUUUUUGACCGGCUUCGACCGAGAGAGACGCCCAUUUCAACUUUCUCUCUAAGCUCCUCCAUUCCAAGCUGGUUUAUUCUUGAUUCAGAAACAAAAAACAAGGAUAUCAGGAAGAGAGAGAGAGAGCGAGGUUCCAAUUGGUGAAAAGUUUGGGUGUCCAAUUAAAAGAGUGGUGUUCUUUUGGUGUCUGGUAUACAUCAUGGAAGUCAAAGAGGAAGACCCUUCAUCAAGUCCAAUGGAAUCAUCUGAUGCAAUUCCUGAUGUUGAACCAACAGCGUCCACUGUAAAUACUACACUUCAGCAACCACUUCUACCUCUUAUUUCACCACUAGUCCCGCCUCCGGUUGUUCCUUCUGUUGUACCAAAUCCUGCUGUGCAAAAACUGCCAAUGACUUUUUCUACCACUGACAUGGCUGUCCGGGCUUAUCUUCGUCAGCUUAGAUUGCCUAUUACACUUUUUGGAGAAAGUGAGAUGGAAAGAAGAGACAGGUUGCAAAUGGUUUUGGUAACGCACUUAGAUGCUGAAGGGCAGUUGGAGAAGCUGAUGAGAGAUAAUGAGGAGGAGGAGGAGAAGCUUGCAGCUGAAGAGAGCAAAGAUGAGAGUAAUGAAAGGCAGUCGAAGAGGAGGAGGCUGAUUGAUGAGGAGGGUGCAGCUGAAGAGAGCAAAAACGUGCUGCUGCAUAAACUGUCUCCUUUGUCCGAUGCUCCUCUGGAAGCUUUAGCAAAUGUAGCAGGUCGGCUGGGGCUUAAGGAGGUAUUCAAUUUUCGAGGUGCUUGCAAAUCUUUCUGGCAUGCUUCGGACAGAUUCAUUGGAAAGCUUUCAGAUUGCUGGUUUCUGAUAUACAAUGAAAACCCAUGCACUUUCCUGACUGCAAAUGGGAAAUUAUACCAACAGCAUUUGCCAGAGUUAGAAGAACCAAUCUGCCUUGCAUCUAGCCAAGGAUGGCUGCUGAUGUUUAAAGAAGGAUCAGGCUCGAUGUUUUUCUUUGCAUCUUUAUCUCGCACUAGGAUAGACAUAAAGAGAUUUCCAUAUCCAAGUGUGAUUAAUGGAGAAGCAAUUGCUGUAUUUUCUUCUUACCCAACAUCUCAACAUUGGAAAGUCGCAGUUUUUCAAGAAAUAGGCGGUAAUGAGGGGGAGUUGUACAUUCUUGAAUGUGGCUCUUCUGAAUGGAGCAGAGUCAGAUUUGAAGUUCCUAUUGCUUUUUUCAUGAGGAGACUUGGUUUUUUGGAUAAACCUUGUGGAGGGUUUUUUUUCAGAGGAGGUGCUGUAUUUCUUCAAUGAAAUUAACGUGAUGAGUUAUUGCUUUGAAAGGAAAGUAAUAAGAUUCUAUACAUACACAGAUCAUCCAUCCUCGAGAGAGAUUACAACUCCUGAUCAUGCAGUUGGGUAUCUCCCUUGCCACAGAACCUUUGGUGAAGUAAACAAGGUGAAACAAGCGCUAGGACAGAGGAACAACAGUGUCACAAUGACAACAUGCGGCACCCAUGUGAUGACACAGGAUGGAGAUGAUAUACCAAAGGUGAUUUUCAAUGAAAAAAUCAGAAUCGGAAAUCACCAGCCUUUUGUUCGUGAAGGUGCCAGCAGAGAAGAGGAGGUUGGAGGGAUUAAAGGGGUUUGGUUUACUCCAGAGACAUGCAAUACAGCAGCUCAGUAGGUGGUUGGCUUGUUCUAGCAUGUUCUUCAUUGCUUUUGACUCUGAUCUCCUCUUAUUAUCCUAUCUGUUUUGUUGUUAUAAGUCAACUCUAGUAUUUUGUUGUUAUAUUCUUUAGUUUGGACUUUGGAGCAAAUGCUAAAACAAAAACUUUACCAAUAGGUUUUAUAGAUAACUGUACAGUUUUAUUUUCGAUCAACUUCCUAUAUAAAUAUUGCA